AUGGAAAAAAGUAAUAAAUCACUCGGAGGACAGGAUCAAGCAAAAAAGAGAUCAACGCAGCAUGCAACCCUAGCAAAAGAAUUUAUGGAUACAAUGACUAGCUAUCGUAAUAUGCAGAUAGAAAAUGCUAGGAAAUAUAGAAGGAAAAUUACAGAGCAAUAUCUUAAAGUAAAUCCUGAUGCUACACAAGAAGAAAUUGAUCAAUUCAUAGAUAAUGAUAUAAAUAAGUCAGACCAAUCGAGCACAAUUAUUACGGAAAUUCAAGACCGCCAACGUGAUGUUCGGCGGAUUGAAAAUUCAAUAAAUGAACUAAAAAAUAAGUUUAAUGAAAUUCAAGCAUUAGUAAUAGAAAAAGAUGAUUCGGUUCACAAAACAAAAUUUUUUGAAUUGACUUCAGACUCACCACAAACUGAAAGAAUCGUACGUCAACCUAAAAAAAGACACAUAAACAAAAACAGAAGGUUAAAAGCAGACUUUUUGUCCGAUAUGCUAAGAUCACUAAAGAAACUUGGAAAAAAGGAUAAUGAUACUUUAUGUCUUUACCCUGGUUGCCCAAAUAAAGUUAAAAGAGGUAGAAAUGGGAUUGAUUUUAACUAUUGUAGCACUGCUUGCCAAUUAGCAAGUUUUCAGAGUAGCAAUCCAGAACCUGUGAAUGAUUAUGAAGUUGCGCCGGAGGUUUACGAUGUGGAUGCAACAGAGACACAGCAGUGGUCACAGCCACAAACUAAUCCUGUAAUAUUAGAAUCUUCUUCACAAUCUUCUCAAAAUUCUAACGAUACUAGUAAAUUUUUAAGAAAUCCAUUUAGAUUACUUCAACAAUCUUCUAGCUCUUCAUCUUAUUUUCCUACAUCUCAACAAGAAUACACAUCAACCAAUGACUAUUACGCGUCCUCAAAACAGUCUGAGCCAAAUUUCUCAACAUGGUUAGAUCCUAAUGUUAACCCGGACAACCUAAGCUUUUCACCAUUUGAACAAACUUCAAAUGAUUCAGCCGAAGCAAAGACUGUAUUUUGUUCUAAUUGUACAUAUUUUGUUCGACCAAACAGAACAACAUGUGAAAUAUGUGGUACCAAUGUCAAAAAGGAAGAAUCUGUGCGAAAUGAACCGUCUAAUUACUGGAUCAAAGAGGCUGAGGAGGAAGAGGAUGAUUUCAACGUGUAUCAUGAGGAUGCGGCGAUUCGAUGUUCGGCCUGUUCAUACCUUAAUAAUCCCAUUCAUUCCCAAUGCGAGAUGUGUUAUUCACCUAUUGGAGAUUUAGAAUUUUUAAAUGUACCCGAUUUGAAUAUGCAACAGUGUCCUGUAUGCACAUUAUAUAACCAAGAUAACAUGACUACCUGUGAAGCUUGUGGUAGUUUUUUGAAACAGCUUACACCAAUACUUAAUACUAUAAUGACAGUUUUAGAGCAAACAAGUGACCAAUAUAGGGAAAUAUAUAGAAGAUUUAUGGCAACUAUGCCUAAUGUACAAGUUGUAGCCAUUAUUGGCAUGCAGAUGCCGACAGCGCUUGUUGAAGCACAUGAAAGGUAUAAGAACGAUAUGGCCCGAGGAUCUCGAGUUACUCCAGAAAGCAUCACACAUAAAAUGUUUCAUGGUACUAAAUGUAUUUGUAAUAAUCCGGCUAAUUACGCACAAUGGAAUCAUUGUCGUAAUAAUGGAUGUGGAGCAUGGUAA